UUUGGAUCAAGGAUAUCACACGCCUACGAGAAAAUCCUGGAAUAAGUUGGCGCCGUUUAUGAGGAUCUUACGUGCGACGUGGAGAACAAGUUGCCGAUUGAAAACGAAAGAGAAGGAAGAAUGCAAAGGGAGGAACGUGAUAAGAUAGAGUAGGUAGUAGUCAUGAGAGCUCGUUCGUUCUUCACGCUCGCUUCGUGGCCUUUUAGUAGUCGGCUGGUUGGCGAGUUUCGUUCCACGAAGAAGCGACAGUUUCGUGUGCGUGUCUCAUCGUGACUCUCGUAGCACGAACUCGAACGUGAGUGCACGAGGAGAAUGCAUCGUGUUGGAAUAAAACGUUUCGAGUUCCUCGAUUCUCUGAUCGUUCUCUCAUUGUUGUUCGCUUCUUUGAUCGGCGAUACUGGGGGCGUUUGGAAAAGACGAGAGGACAAAACGAAAUGUCCAAGAGUCAAGGGAAUACGAAACUUUGACAUAACGGAGUUUCUCGGAUCAUGGUACAUAGUGCAGUAUUAUGCUAGCUCCGAGGAAGCUCUCAUUUAUAGAUGUAUGAGAGCUGAAUUGUCCGUGUCAUCUGAAAGCGCAGAAGUUACUAUGAAUUUCACGUAUAGCUUUACCGAUGAUCCGAUCAAUGAACAACUCGUUGGUAAUAUCACAUGGAAAAUUCCUUCACCGGAGCUUCCAGCACAUUGGGUUCAUGCGGAAUUUCCCUAUGAAGAAAUAUAUAACACUUAUAUAUUGGAUUCGGAUUACAAAACGUGGGCCUUACUGAUGCACUGUGCCGAAAAAAAUAAGAGUCCCCGUUAUUUGUCUAGUUUCAUUAUGAGUAGACAGCCUAGUCUAGGGGUAAAUGUAAUUUCUUAUCUUCGUGAAAAAUUACCCAAGUAUGAUAUAGAUUUGGAGUAUAUGUUUCCUAUGGAACAAAAACAAUGCAAUCAAACGGAUAUACCGCCAUAUAGUAUAUCUUUCGUUCCUAUGUCGACGGACAAGAAAAUUAAUUCUAGCAGAAGACAUUUAUUAAAACGGAAACACAGACGACUUUAAAAUAUAAUUAAAUAAUUAAUUAUGUUUAUACACAUGUA